CACAGAAACAAGCAAAAUCGGCUUCCUUUUCAUUGUUCCUUGCUCCUUGUCCCCUGUUCAGUUUGCGUGCUGAAAAUAUAAAAAAUCCGACACGCCGAGCCAAAAUGAAUUGACAGUAACGAUUUUCACUGCGCUUUUUUCCUUCUCAUCAUUUCCCGCUCACUGUAAUGGCUUUGUUUUUUCUUACUCGAUUUGGAUAUAAACGUAACGGCAAAGUUGUUAUUUCUUCAAGUAAAAUGGAAGAAUUCAAACCCAGUAACCAAAAGGAUAUAUGAAAAACACCCUAGAAAGUGAAGUAAAAAAGGGGAUUUUACUCCCAGCCGUCCUGGCCAGCGCCAUUGUCAACGACGUCGUUGACAGGGGCAGGCGGGGCAAAGCUAUGCUCGGGAGCAAUCUCGCCACCCAGAUCGGGGUUGGCGAACCCAGGCGACAUGGGAGAGCGAGGGGAGCGAGGGGAGCGAGGAGAGCGGGGGGAUCCAACGGAUCCGCGCGAGUGAGGCGAGUGGGGCAUCGGCGGCGCCAUAUGCACGUCAGCGCCAUGGCGCUCGUCGCGAGGGCUGCGCGAAAUCGACCGCGAAUCGCGAGACACCGAGCGACGGGACAUGCGGCGGCCGUUGCCUACGGGGGAGCGCGACCUGUAGCCGCCGGACCUGCGGCCGUUGCCUGCGGGGGAGCGCGAGCGCGAGCGCGAGCGGGAGUGGCGGCGGGCACGGCGAGGCGAGAACGAGCGGUCGCGAGGCCCACUGCGGGCACCCCUGUCUGCGCCGCGAGAAGCGGGGUCCUCGCGCAGAACGACGCGGCGGCCGCGCAGCUCCUCGCCAUCGAGCUUGCGGAGCGCGUUUCUCAGGCCGCUCUCGUCAAUAAACUCAAUGAUGCCCUCCCCGGGACGCAGCUUGUGUGCGUCGGCAAACGACACUUCGCCAGCGCGGCGGGCAAAGUCCUUGAGAUCCUGUAGAGUGCAAAACACAAAAUAAAAAAGCCGAACAUCCCCAAAUUUCACCCCCACGGUCACGGAAUCCGACGUAGCCCAGAGGCGAAACCAUCCCCCCGAGAAAACCGAAGCGAGAAAUAGAGAGAGCGCGAUACCAGUCAGUCAGUCGAUUAGUCGAUUAGUCGAUUAGUCAGCCAGUCAGCCAGUCAG